CCUACGCUUUGCACACGAAUACUAAUACUUUUUAAUAUUUUUAUUUUUGCAAUAGUAAGCAGAGUUAUAGUAACAUAAUUAUGAAUAACAUGUUCAAACUAAAACUGUCCGCGCUGGGACACCCAAACCCUGAGAGCUUCAACUGCAAUGAUAAAACCGAGUACAGAAGUGUAGUUCUAUGGUUAGAAGACCAGAAGAUAAGACAUUACAAAAUCGAAGAGCGGGAAGGGCUUAGGCAGAUCGAAACGGACGAAUGGAAUGCGGCGUAUGAUACAUAUCAGAGGGACCUAGUAAGCCCUGUUAUUGAGGGCUCCCCGAAUGAACAGUUAAACUGGCUGAUGUCGUAUGCCGUCCGGUUAGAAUACGCUGAUAAUGCUGAGAAAUACAAAGAAAUCAAAGUGGAGCAACCCAAACAGGCUACUCCUAAUGUCGUAUCUUCAAACCCAUUGGAUAAUCUUGACUUUUCAAGUCCAGCAUUCAAGCAAGGCAUUGACAGAGUAUCAACCCUGGCUGGAAUUGGCCCUCAUCCUGACCCCAGGCUCCGCCUGGCAGCCCUGGCCAAGAUCCUGAAAACUAAUCCUCACCCAGAACCCCCUGCGAGUGAGGCUAACCUCAUCCAGAAACCUGCUGAUGUCUUGACGCUCCUCUUUGUUCAGGACUUGAGGGACUUGCAGACUAAGAUCAACGAGGCAUUGGUAGCGGUCCAGAAAGUGACUGCUGAUCCUCGUACAGACACAAAGCUGGGUCGUGUAGGGAGAUAAUUGUAUGUUAGUUAACAUUUGCCUCAGUGUAAAGGAAUUUUACGAAUGAGUUGUUAAAUCACAUUUGGUAUAGUAUUAAAUUCCAUAUUAAGGCGCAUAGCACACUGGUUCAGAUUCGCACAUCGGGAUAUCACCAUGAUAUGCACAUAGCGUUGUCUCGCUCAAACAUUGGAACAACAUGUAAAUUAGAUCCAGCGUGCUAAGCGCCUAAGGUAAGAGAUCAUCACUGAGAAAUACAAUAAUCUAUGACACUGAUUAUUCCCAAAUUGUAAAUGUAAAGGGAAUCUUAAAAGUCCUUUCCACUGAAGGCAAAAAAUAAAUUUAAGAUAAUGCUAAUCUUGUAAUAAAACUUGAUCUUAAUCAUUUCUUCACAGAAAUGAGAACUGAUGUCCCAUUAUUUCUAUGUGAUUAAAUUAUACUAAAAUAAG